CUUAUUUCUAUAAUAGUAGAGGGCCGAGCCCUGUAGCUUCCUUCUGUUUCGAGUAGAAGCAUCGUAGCUGAAUAGUUCUAUCUUAUUCAUGAACAUGAUAAUCAUCAAAAUGCUGGAUAUCGCCGACGUGCUAGCUACUUUCGCCGAAGAGAAAAGGGGCGUAGAUUUGGAUAGCCCUACCGCUGGACCCCCACCCGGUGUCCAGCCUAACCUUAAUAAUCCGAGGAAUAAGAACAUCAUGACUAUGGCCGUUAUCACCAUAUGCAUGGUCAUAUCGAUAUUAUUGACUCUGUCGCGGGCAUAUGCUAGGCUGUUUUGUAUUAAAAAAAGGUUAUUUUGAAGACUUUCUUGUCACUUCUGCCUUGGCUAUAUACAUAGCAUAUAACUGUUGCAUAUAUCGUAUCAUUGAUGUACUUGGCAUGUUCGUUCAUCAAUGGGAGACACCUAUACAGUCUUUAACAAAGUUCCUCUGGUUUGCUUGCCUCACCGAAAUUUUCUACGUAAUUAUAGUCGUUUGCCUCAAAAUAUCGAUUCUCUUAGAUUGGAUUCAUAUAUUCGUUCCUACUGGCACUCGAAACGUGUUUUUCUGGACUUGCCAUAUACUCCUGUGGCUCAACCUACUCUUUUAUUUCACAUGCCUUAUUGCUUUCAAUCUCGCAUGUUUCCCCCAUAAGAAGAUAUGGGACAAGACUAUAGAGGGGGGUUGGUGCCUCGACCCUUGGGUUAUGCUACUUUCUACCGGUAUCCUUAACUUGAUAUCUGAUUUCAUAAUCCUUCUUGCUCCCCAAUGGGUUAUUUGGAAUUUGAAAAUGCCAUUGAGGAGAAAACUAGCUAUUUCUCUUGCAUUUGCGACAGGUAUAUUUUGUGUUGUAUUUGCUGGGUUUCGAAUUGCUAGCUCUGCAACGUACCUUAACUCGUUCGAUGUGGUCUAUGAUGGAUCAGCAAUGCUUCUGUGGGCCGAGGGCGAAAUGACCCUCCUGUUCUUUGUUGUCUGCCUCCCUUCGACCCCCAAAGCAAUUAGUGGCGUAAAAUCGAUGGAUAUGAGUUGGAUUUCUAGAAUAUGGGCAUCAUCUUCGGCAAAUACCAAAGGAACAGGGGAAAGCAAUUCGUGGCCUCGUUUGAGCAGCGCUUCACGAAAUCAUAGAUCCUACAAGAAAGUAGACGAAUAUCGCCUUGGUCCACUGAGUGGCUUCCAGAAGGCACAAGUCCCCUAUCGUGUCCCUACAACCGAAAAUGCAGAUUGGUCCACCGGUAUCGUACGUACCACCGAAUUCGCUACGAUGGAAUAACAGGCAUUAUAUCUCUUGGAAAAACACAGUUAUCGCUAGACUUGGGUGUGAGGCUCUUGGAUUCGCGAGUAAGCUGUGUAGAAACAACCCGGCUUUCCUUUUUUUUUUAACAAAUAUGAUCGAUAAAUAAGGACUUGGUUGCCUUAUCUCUUCUUCACAUCAUCGAUAUACCAAUGUGUUGGGCGUUAAGUGUAAGCAGAGUAAAAGGGGGUUAUCGAAAGCUAUAUAAAAAGGGGCGUUGUUGGUUCAGGACCGGGAGGCGGAUAGGGGCUACGAUCAUUACACAAAUCGUUAAUGUUUACAUCUCUCUACUCCACAUGUAUCAAUAGUGAACUACUACGAUGCGUUUAGAAUCUCGCAAAAGAGAGCUAUGAACCCCAUAGAUAACGUCAGUC